AUGUUCAUCUAUGUGAAAUUCCUAAUAGAAGUGAACAGAUUGCGUUCUAUGAUAAAGGAUCGCAUGAGUCAAAGUGGAAAAAAGUACUUUGAGCCGCUUCUAAAAAUAGCCGAAGAAAAUCAGAAACAGGCAUCCCAGGCCACGGCUCCGAAGGAGAGCACGAAAAGUUUAAAAGUAGCAAAACUUGAAAAAGUCAUAGCUUCCUCCAAGUUGAACGCCAUGAGUGAAAGCGACGGAUGUAUUGACGACAACGACAAAGGACAACAACGAAUCAUAAUUAACAAAAAUACGAGAAGUUGUGGAUUAAGUUCACCCGAUAAAUCUAGAAGUUCUCCAGCUCAAAUGUCAGCGAUGGUUCGCCUCGAUGAAAGUGAUUCGAAUAAGGUUACACCUAAAAGCUCUUCAAAGAGAUUGAAAGCGGAGAACAUUGAUAAAGGGGAAGAGAUGGUUUCAAAGAAUUCCGUGCGUGAAAUGAUGCCAAAAACCACUGUGCAAAAUUCCAUACCAGUGCAAAAGGACCUGAAAACACCUGGAAAGACGAACCUUGGGACACAGAAAUUCCUUUCUCCUGAGUUGAUAACCACUGAUCCAUUGAGGAAGUCCGCUUCCUGCGAAACAAUAAACACACUCACUAACAUCACUUCACUUGUAAACAGACGCCUUCAUAGCACAGAUAAUUUGCUUGAAAAACCUGCUGUCAGCCUAACAUCUGCAGCAGCCGAAAACAAAUCUAUAUCAGCAGAGCAGCCGACACUAAGGACUGAGAAUAAGCCAAAAAGAUCCAAACAUGAAAAGAAGCCACUGUCAGCUGAUUCCACUGCUGCGAGGACAUCUCAUCAAACAACGGCGGGUGCCCUUCGAAAGAAAGAGAAGGGUGAUGAAAAUCUUGCCAUCAUUACGCAACCUCCACUUGUUUCUUCGACUCAGCCAACGACGUUGUCUGCAUCGCUUCCAAAAAAACAGGCCGAUUCGGAUGUUUCCAUACGACCGCAAGAAGCUCCUUCCGAAACGAAGCCGAUUUCACCCAGACCUGGAAGUUCUAUCCAUGAGAGACUGUUAAAACUUAAUGCUUGUGUUGCUCCAAUAUCGGUCAAUGUGGUCUCUGAUUCGAAACAGCAUCGGAAUGAUCCGAAAAAAGCACGAAAACCUGAGAAGAAUUUAGACAAGUUGGGUCUGAAAAAGAGUGACACUGAAACAUCCAGAACAGCUACAUCAUGUGAAGCAAGUACGAUUACGAGGAAUACGAUCUCAGAUAAGGUCCCAGUACCAAGCAAAAUAGGAAGUGUCAUCGAUGGAAAAAUAUUUAAGAUUGAUAAUGGUGCUCUUCGCCCUGCAAUACACGUUACUUCAGAUCUGAACCGCCAACAGAAAAUAAUUCAAGAGACUGAAGGUCAGCGUAAUGGAAAUACACUAGUACAUAUUGUAGUGUAUUUUGAAGAAGCACAGUCACAAACGAAGUUGGAAGAGCAGAAAAAAUCUAGAGUGUUGCCCAUGACGAUGGAAAGUAAAACGACUACAACCACGCUAACGUCAACAAGCACGAAAAAGCGAAAAACGAGCAUGGAGAAGAAGGUGCAACACGUUUCUCCAGGGAAAAGUGUCGAAGAGGUGGAAAGGUCGGCUACGGAGCAGGACAACAGCAAUACUUGCCAGAUUACCGUGAUCAAAGCGGAGCCGAAAGGAGUACCAAAAGCUAGAACGUUUACGAUGAAGAACGUCAUGAAGGAAGAGUCCGUGCGUUCAACUGAUGACAAGGAGCGAAUAGAAGAAAAAAACACGGAUUCGAAGAAGAAGAAGCGUACAACACGAAGUGCAGUAGUAAAAACAGCAGACAAAGUGACUAUAGGAGGAUAUUCUGAACUGGGUGGGAAACCAACUAAAUUAGGACCGACUGGAACAAAAAACGUUUUUAAAAAGAUGUCAGAGCACUCGGAAGUUGACAACGAUGCAGAAGGAAAACCCGCUACAAAUACGGAAACGGUAUUUGUUGAGAAGGGAAGCACGAAACCGUCGGAAUCCAUGUCACAUACAUUGGAGACCAUCAGUACAAUUCCGGUGACAGUUACCAAGUCCACUACAGUAGAACUGCAUCGCACUGACAAUGUUGCUACUGCAAAGAAAAAGCGAUCGACUAUUACAGGCACUUCAGAGGAACGCUCUCAACACAUUCCACGAGAUGAUUUCUCAUUCACCUCCCUCAGGGAGAAACUCGUUCGCCGUCUCAGCACCGAUUCGGAGAAAUUCUCUUCGACGGUUAAAAGCCAAUGCAUAUCAAUUCCUACUGUGAACUCUGUUCGAGACCGCAUGAAACGGUUCGAAUGCAGAAAUUAA